UCAACUUCAUCUUUGUAAUGUUCUUGUUUCCUCAUUGUUGUUAUAGGGAUUAAUUAAAGUUCUUAUUGUAAUGUUUUAUUGCAUGCAUGCAUGAAUAUUAGUUAUUAAUAUAUUGUAACACAUUACAUUAUAUAAGAAGAGAGAAUUAAUAAAAAUGUCAAUAAUUGAUCAAUUCACAACUCCAAGAGGAUCUCUGUCAUCAAGCAUUGGAGAUUCUGCUGAACUUGAAGCCAAUCUCACACUUAGUGAUAAGCUCAAGGUUUUCAAAAGUUCUUCCUUUGAUCCUAAUGCCUAUGUUGCCUCCAAAUCUCGCAGCAUGAAUGAAAAGGAGAUAAGACACUUGUGUGCUUAUCUUGUUGAUCUGAAGAAAGCUUCUGCCGAAGAAAUGCGCAAAAGUGUUCUUGCUAAUUACUCUGCCUUCAUACGUACAUCGAAAGAGAUUUCAGAUCUUGAAGGGGAGCUACUUUCAAUGAGAAACCUUUUAUCCAACCAAGCUGCAUUGGUUCAUGGUUUAGCAGAAGGGUGUCAACUUGGUUCCUUGGUGACUGGUAACGAAGAUUCCGACCUGGAUGCUAUGAUAAAUGAGAAAACAGAUAUAUCAAAGACAGAAAAAUGGCUAAUAGGAUAUCUAGAAACUCUUGAAGUUCUAUUAGCUGAGAAAAGAGUGAAUGAAUCAAUGACAACUUUAGAAGAAGGAGAAAAAAUGAUAAAAGAAAUCAAACAAGGGAAAACUUUAAGUCCAAGUUUAUUUCAAGCACUGAAAAAUGCCAUCAUUGAACACAGACAAAAAUUAGCGGAUCAACUAGCUGAAACAAUCUGCCAACCAUCAACUCGUAGUGCGGAGAUUCGAUCAACAGCGUUAGCGUUGAAAAUUCUUGGGGAUGGUCCACGCGCUCAUACAUUACUACUUAAAUCUCACAAAGAAAAGUUGCAGCGUAACAUGCAAAGUCUUGAAUCCACAACUUACAGAGGCGUUGGAGCAUACACUGCAUCAAUUUCACAUCUUGUGUUUUCGACUAUUUCGCAAGCGGCCUCGGAUUCUUUGACAGUUUUUGCAGGAGAAGAACCUGCAUACACUUCUGAGCUAGUUACUUGGGCUGUAAGGCAAGCUGAACAUUUCGCGCUUCUCCUUAAGAAACGAAUUCUCGUGUCGAUAGCUGCAGCAGGAGGUCUUAGAAUUGCAUCUGAAUGUGUUCAUGUUUGUUUGAGUCACUGUCAUCUUUUAGAGGCUAGUGGAAUGGCACUUUCACCUGUUUUGCUUAAACAUUUUAGACCAUUUGUUGAACAAGCACUUAAUACAAAUUUGAAGAGAAUGGAACAAAGUAGUGCUGCUUUAGCUGCUGCAGAUGAUUGGUUGCUUGUUUAUGCACCAACCAGUAGGAAUAGUAAUAAUGCAGGACUACCUCCUGUUUCUUCUCAUAUUAAUUUGACUUCAUUUCAGACUAAGCUUUCAAUCAGUGCUCACAAAUUCAAUUCUAUGGUUCAGGAGCUUUUUGAAGACGUAGGGCCGCUUGAAGUCCUACAAUUGGAUGGCCUUGCACUAGAAGGACUUUAUAAAGUGUUUAGCUUCUAUGUCAAUCUGUUAAUAAAUGCAUUGCCAGCAGUCACUGAGAACCUAGAAGGAACAGAACACAAAAUUGUUAAGAUAGCUGAGACAGAAACACAACAGAUAGCAUUGUUAGCUAAUGCAAUACUUCUAGCAGAUGAACUGCUUCCGCGCGCUGUCAUCAGACUUUCGCGUAGCACAAAAGGCGAUGAUGAUUCUCAGAGAAGAGCAGCAGAUAAACAAAGACCUCCAGAACAGCGCGAACUGAAGAAAAGGCUUCAGCGCGAAGUUGAUCGUCUGAGAGACAGUUUCUGCAGACAACAUGCUCUUGAACUCAUCUUCACAGAAGAUGGUGAAGCACUUUUGAAUGCUCAAAUGUAUUUGACUAUGGAGGAGAAAGUGGAGCUGCCUGAAUGGUUCCCUUCUCCGAUUUUUCAGGAGUUUUUUGCAAAGCUUACUAGAGUGGCAAUCAUUGCAUCAGAUUUAUUUGUUGGAAGGGAAAGAUUUGCAACAAUUUUAUUGAUGAGACUUGCAGAAACAGUAAUACUAUGGCUUUCUGAUGAUCAAGCCUUUUGGGAAGACAUUGAAACAGGCCCAACUCCUUUGGGUCCUCUUGGCCUACAACAGCUUUAUUUGGACAUGCAAUUUGUGAUGAUAUUUUCAUCCCAAGGUCGUUACUUAUCUCGUCAUUUACAUCAAGCUAUUAAAAACAUUAUUAGUAGAGCUAUUGAAGCUGUUGCUGCUACAGGGUUAGAUCCCAACAGUGUUUUGCCAGAGGAUGAGUGGUUUGUUGAAGUUUCUGAAAUAGCUAUAAAGAUGAUAACUGGGAAAGCUGCUUUUGACAAUGUAGAGGAAGAUGGUUAUAGUCCAACUGCAUCUGUCCAAGCAUAAUCAAUGUCAUCAAUCUAUUCUCAAGGAAAAGUGAUUAUAGUUUAUCUACUUGUUAAUCUUGGGAAAGAA